AAGCACCCCUGCCGUGAAAAGAUAAAAGAUAGUCGCCUUAAACAACAACCAAACGUACAGAUAAUACCCACAAGACCUUUUAUUCAUUUUUAAAUUGAGUAAAUGUCAAAAGGGACAAAAUGCUCAUGUUUUUUGAGACACAAUUUACUACGAAAGACAACCUGCACACAAUGACACAAAUCAAUAUCAUUCUCAGUUCUCAUUCUCGUCACAUUCUGUUUAAAGUCCAGAUAAUUUGAAAGUGAAUAGAAUAGAAUAUAUUUAUGUUUAUAUAUUGUGUACUUGUUAUAUUUAUUUUCUGUCUCUGUAGUUCUAUAUUUUAUGAUUUCUCUAUAUAGGGUAUUUUUUACGGGCAUUUUGUAUCCCCUUUGUGAUCCAAGGCCUAUCUGUAUAAUUUUGCUUUCUGGUGUAUUGUUUUAUUGGAUAGUUUUUUGUCAUAUAAUGAUCUAAAUAUAUUUUUAGAAAUGUUUCUUAGGCUUUGUCAGUAUCUUCUUCAUUAUACAGGCUUUUCUUUUCCAGUUUUGUGUUACUGAUUCAUGUUUAAAUGUGCCUAUGGAUUCCACCAUAGUCAUACCUGUAUUUUAAUUUUCUUGCAUCCUGAUCCUUCCCAUAAUCACAGUCAUAGAUAACAAAAACUGGCAAAUGGUCACUAAUGUCAUUAAUUAAUAGCCUUACUGAUCAUUGAAUAUAAACUCAUACUAUACAUUGUAUCAAUGAACUCAUCAGUCAGUUUGUGUUUAUUAGAAUUUAAGAGGUCUAUUUUGAAAUAUACACACAUACAUAUAUAUAUAUAUAUAUAGGGCAAGGAAAUGCACCCCCUGCUAUCUCCCACGAGGAAAGUAUCACAUCCAUGAAACUUACUCCACUUAUCAGCACCAGUCCUACGACUAUACUCUCAACAGUAUUUGAUGCUGGGAGAAAUACAUCACUUUCAUGAAAAUAUUAUCAACAUUAGUUAAUGCAUUGUUUUUGAAUUUUUUGUUUUACACUGAAUUGCAUCAGCAUCUCUGCAUAUGAAAUAAAUGGAGAUGUAGGCUACAUAAGUAGCCUAUAUAUUAACAAGUUUGUGGGGGCCCCUUUAAGGCCCCAGAAAUCAACAGCGACAAGUACAUUCACAGCAGUAUGGAUUCAGUAUUGUACCAGACUAUUCUGGAUUACAAAACUAAAGGCCAGUAUCCACCAAACAUUAUAAAGGCAGAAAAAAAUGAAAUUCGACAAAAGGCUUCAAAGUUUGUCCUAGAAGGUGAGUUGAGGAUUUCUGUUUUAAAUAUAGACACCACGCGCUUACGUUUAUUUACUCGUAUAUAUGCCGACUCUGUAAUGUUUAAUAUAUUUGCUGUAUAAUAUAUUUGAUGUAAACAUAUGUUUCAAUUUAUUUCCUAGAUGGAGCACAGUACUAUUUGAAAGGUCCUGGUAAGGUCAUCAAAACCAAAGUCGUUAGAGGCACAGAGGAGGCCAACACCAUUUUUAGGGAUUUUCACGACAGCUCCACAGGUGCUCACACUGGACAAAAAAAAAACCAGAGAUGCCAUUUCGAAAAGGUUUUUCUGGCCUGGGAUGUCUGCUGACAUAGAUAAAUGGGUAAGUAAACACUGCAAUUGAAGAAAAAAAUAAGCACUUUGCUUUUUAUUGAGUUUCAGCAGACUACAUAUAAAUAUGUAUACCUUACUUGCAAGUAGGUAUAUGUAUAUUUUCAUUAAAUUACAGAAAUUUUAAAAUGUGUUCUACAUGGUUGAAUCCAAUGUUAAGUGACAGAGAAAUGCCAGGAGAUAGUUCACUUUUUCAUGUAUAUGUGUUUUAAACAGGUGUCAGAAUGUGCAGUGUGCCAGUCAGCUGGUCAUGUUAUCAAACAGGAGGUGGAGUAUACCCCCAUAAAGGUAACUGUUGACACAUUCUCAUAAGCAAUGUCUGUUGUUUUUUCACAAAACAUAUUUACCUUACUGAUUUAAAUUUUUACGUAAUAUUUACAUAUUUCUCAGCAGAGCAUGUGGAAAGGAAGAAAGCUCUGACUGACUGAAGCUGAACUAUUUUCUUUAAAUGUCACCAUGCUCACAAACAUUGUAUCCAGAAUGAAAUAUAUAUUUUUAUUUUGUACUGCUUUUUUCAGAUAACAUAUCCAUUUGAACUACUCGGCAUGGACCUGAUAGGUAAAUUAAAACCACAAAAAGUGGCUAUCAGUACAUCUGUGUUAUGGUGAAAUGUGAAACUCCAAAUGUGAAAUUUAAGUUCACAUGUGAAAUCAAAGCAUCACAUGUGAAAUGUUUCGGUUCACAUGUGAAAGACUGAAUUUCACAUGUGCUUUUUUGUAGGGGUGCUUACUUUACACACAUCAACACAGCGUGGAUACCUUCAUUCAUCAUUAACAAAUUAAUUAUUUCAACUAAACAGUGAAAGAACUUGAGUGCUUUUCAAACAGCUAACCAUCAAAUUUCCAAACCUGAUUUUCAUCUGUUUAUUUAAGGAUAUUGUAUAUACUUAAAAGCAUGAAUGACUUUCAUAUAUGAAGAGGAGUAGAACUGCGGAGUUUAAAUGUAUUAAUUAUCCUAUAUGUUAAUUGUUUGCACAAAAUAAGCGGCAGCACACACAACACAUCAGCUUUAUCUUCAUUCUACCAUUGUCAACAUAUUUUGAUUUAUGUAUAUUUAUAUUUGAGGUGUACAGAAUGUAUAUUUUGGUAUGUCAGGUGCUUCACAGAGGUGAACUCUUUUCAGCUGUUGCUGUGUUUAAAGGGAAUGAGAGGAGUCUAUGUGAUCGGUCAUUACUGAAGCUUGGCCUGACUCCACCUGCUGAUUCUGUAUUCCUCCCACUAAUAAUGUGUUCAGUAUCUCCUCCACGUUAGCACCAGAGUAUUUCCAGGUGUUUGAGUGUACCAGAGACCAGCACAAUUAUAAUACUAGGCAUGCAAAUUCAGAAUACAGUGAUAUAGCAGUUUUUGGAUCUAAAGCAUUUAAGUGUGUGGAGACUAAAAUUUGGAACAGUUUUCCAGAUGAUGUGAGAUCUUCAGAUUCUAUUUCCUUUUUCAAAAUGGAUGUAAAAACUUUUUAUUUAAUAAAAUUAAAGGAGUAGAGAUGGAUGAAUGUAUCUAGUAUUUACAUAAAAAACAUGCAACUUGUAAUGAGUAUCUACUGUAUCUGCAUGUCACAACUGUCAGUCAGUAAUGUAGCAGGGGCACAGCAGCUAGGAUUACUAUGGACAUUAGUUACUUUAAUGUUUAGUGUUUUUAUCCUGUCAUGCGUCAACUUUAUGCAGAACACAUGUUUUUAUGUGCUGUUUACAGUUUUUUACUUUGUUUGUUUGUGUUUCUGCAUGUCCAUGUUUAUGUUUAGAAUCUAUGUGCUGUCAUUUCUCAGUUUUCCCUGUGAAUAUGUGAAAAAGUGUGUCAUGUUGUUUUAUGACAAAAUAAAACCAAACCAAUGAAAAGAUGAAUCCCCUCGGGACUGCCGGUGGAUGUCUGAAUCUAAAAUUACAGUUUAAUGCAUCAAUACUCUGUUUGUCCAAAUAAACUAUGAAUAUAAGACUUGAGCACACAUUACUGGAUAUAUAUUGUUGAACCAUACUAGUGUUUCCAUAUAUUGCAUUGACACCCCACAGCAACACACCUAAUCUAUGAAUUUUUCAUAUAUAAUACUAAAAACUUUUAUUGCAGAAUGUAUCUGACAGUACCUGGUUCAAAACUUUAUUUAUAUUUGAAUUGAAGGUGAUGUCGUUGUGAGGCCUUUAGAACUCAUGUUAACUGAGUUUUGUUACAUCAUCAAUCAUCAGUCAUCAUUCCAUCAAAGGAAUCUGGUGAUGAUGUUGCGCAUAAAUUAGAAUUCUGUGAGUUCUACUCAUUUUAGUUUGAGUGGUUGAACAGACACCAACACUCAAAUUAACAAGUAAGCCAUCGUAAGAAGAGGACUGUAAAUCGACCACUGUGAUACAGCUUUCUGAGAGAAAAAAAUGGCAGAAAGACUAUUGACGACAAUCUCAUCCAUGACCCGUAAUAAGAACCCCUUCGAACUCCCUGGAAAAUAUGAAUUCAUGAAGGUUUUGGGACAAGGUGGCUUUGGAGUGGUGCUGAAAUGUCUGAAGAAAGACACUAAAGACAUUGUGGCUGUAAAGAUCCCAAGACACGACCACGACUACAACGCUACUGACAUCAAGGAGUUUUGUAUGCUGAAGAAAUUGAUGCACCACAACUUGGACAAAUACAAUAUUGUCAAGUUUUAUGAUUGGUUUGAGGUGAGGAAUGGAAAGGCGCUGGUCUUCGAGUCGUUGGACAUCAGCUUAGACAAAUACAUUUACUAUCAUCACCCAUUAUGUCUGAGUAAAAUCAGAGUCAUCAUCCAACAGUUGGCCACAGCAUUCGACGCACUCAAAAGAAUCAGAGUGAUCCAUACCGAUGUCAAACCAGACAAUAUAAUGGUGGUGAAUCGCUGGACUAAUCCCCUCAGAGUCAAGCUGAUAGACUUCGGCUUGGCCAUGCCCGCAACUCAAACCUGGACGGGCAUGAGAUUGCAGACAGUUUACUUCAGGGCUCCGGAAAUCAUUUUGGGCCUUCCAUUUUCGGAGGCCAUUGAUAUGUGGUCACUGGGAGGUGUGCUGGCUGCCAUGAUCCUCGGCUAUAUACUGUUCCCUGCAAAAGAUGAAUAUGAAGCAAUGCGAUUCAUGACUGAACUCCUGGGUCAGCCAGCGGACAAUCUACUGAGGAAGGGAAGGAAAACACACUGUUUUUUCAACAAGACUGACACCGACGGCUGGAGGCUGAUGACACCUGAAGAGUACUGGGGAAAAUUUCAUCAGCCUCGCAUUGACCACAGGAAGUUCAAACAUCCCUCUCUGGAUUACUUGAAACAGAUUCAUCGGGAGGAUAGCUGUGAUGAAGCUGUGGAUUGGGAGAAAUGUACUGAGCUUCUGAAGGCAAUGCUCAAAAUAAAUGAGGCUGAGAGGAUUACCCCCAGUGAAGUCCUCACUCAUCCUUUCAUUGCACAAGGCUGCAACAACUCUCGCAAUGAAGCUCCAGAGGCAGCAGCUGCUCAACCCAGCCAGACCCAGACCCAGACCCAGACCCAGACCCAGACCGAGUCCGAAGUGCCAGCGGAGAAGACCACGGUAGAUGAGAGGACAUGUGGAGCCCUCAGUCCAACUUCCACACAGCGGCUGUUAAGUCAGGAGAGCGCAAUCAGAAGUGAGGUGCUAGCUUCAGCCAGUGAGCACCCUGUUUGUGACCCUCCUGCCCCUGCUCUGACGGAUGAAGCCACCAACAUCCACCCAGACCACCACAGUCGCUCUCCAAAAAUUUCACGGACGGUCAUAAUUAUGGUUCGUCCUGCCACAGCCGAGAACACCGUGGCACUGGAAAGUGAGGAGAGUGACACCAGUUCGCAGUCAUGGAUGUCAGAGUCUUCGCUGGAAGUCAGUGACAGUGAUAUGUCUUGGACAUCUGAGGACUCCACCACAUCUGAUGACUCCAGGACCACAGAGGAGGAGGACAAGAAAAUGAAGAAGAAGAAGAAGAAGAACUGCUUCCGGCGCUUCUUCUCUUGGAUGAAGAAGAAUUUUUGCUGCUGCUGGACUGGUGUCGAAGAGGACAAUUAAGGUAAGAAGGGAGGAUCUGUGAAGGUUUUUAUAGCAUGAUUUUCUAUAAAAACCUUCACAGAUCUUCAAGGUGAGUUGAACACUCUAAAUUGUAUAGGAAGUAUUCAGUGAAGAAAAUACUUUUAAGAGUAGGCAUGAAACUUUCCUUUUUGAUAAAGCUUAUAGUUAGGGCCGGCCAGGCUCGCCUUGGAUCAGCCCUUAGUUAUGCUGCUAUAGGCCUAGACUGCCUUCCCAUGAUGCAUUGAGCUCCAGUCUCCUCCUCCUCCUCCUCUCCAUCUGUAUUCAUUCAUGUACCAUUAAUGCAUGUAACUAACUUGGCUUCUUCCCUGGAGUCUUUUGUUCUUUCUCAUCUCGCAGGAAACCGUGGGUUGCAGGCCAAGCCUUCACGGUCCUUCGCAGUCCUGUUAGUGUCCUUCCCUGGCUAUUGCUGCUGUUAUUGUUAUUGUUAUUGUUAUUGUUAU